AUGUGCCACUUUCAGGUCUCCUCACACUGCUGGUGGGUUCCAUUUUGUCAUAGGGUGCUGGCAGAUUACGGGCCUCCCAUUGUUGCUGCCAGGCCCGUAAUCUGCCAUGGGCCCCUGUACCGCCUCCUCAUGCUGCUGCCAGGCCCGUAAUCUGCCAUGGGCCCCCGUACCGACUCCUCAUGCUGCUGCCAGGCCCGUAAUCUGUCAUGGGCCCCUGUACCGCCUCCUCAUGCUGCUGCCAGGUCCAGAGUGUGUCAUGGGUCCCUGUACGGCCUCCCAUUGCUGCUGCCAGGCCCGUAAUCUGCCAUGGGCCCCCGUACCGACUCCUCAUGCUGCUGCCAGGCCCUUAAUCUGUCAUGGGCCCCUGUACCGCCUCCUCAUGCUGCUGCCAGGUCCAGAGUGUGUCAUGGGUCCCUGUACGGCCUCCCAUUGCUGCUGCCAGGCCUGUAAUCUGCCAUGGGCCCCCGUACCGACUCCUCAUGCUGCUGCC